CUGCAAUGAGUGUAUCUGCUGCUCGUGUGUUGACUGCUGCUAUUUCAUUACUGAUUCCAUUUUCAUUCAACACUGUCAAUGCAUUUUACUUGCCUGGUGUCGCUCCUCACGAAUACGCUGCUGGAGAGUCUGUUCCGCUUCUAGUCAACUCUCUUUCCGCCACUGAUUCUCUCAUUUCUUUCGACUAUUACUUUCCUCAGUUACAUUUAUGUCGUCCUGUUUCAGAACCCAUCGCUCAGAAAGAAUCUCUUGGAAGCAUCUUGUUUGGUGACCGUUUAUACACUUCUCCUUUUCAGAUCAGCUCACUUCAAAAUAAUACAUGCGUCAAACUCUGUGAAACAACCAUUCCUGCUGCUGACACUGGCUUUGUUCGUCAAAUUGUUGAGGAAGAGUACACUGUGAAUUGGAUUGUGGACGGUCUUCCUGCUGCACAGCUCUACAAAGAUUUAUCUACAAACGAAAACUACUACAGUUCUGGUUUUGAGUUUGGAAGAGUCACUGAUACUGACCAAACAGUCAUCAACAACCAUUACAAUAUCAUCAUUCACUACCAUUUGAAGGAAGCAAAGGCUCGUGUUGUUGGUGUGCUAGUUCAACCCUCCAGCGGAACAAAGGAUGUCCAGGAUUCUGGAUGUAAAUUUGGAGCUACCAGCAAUUUUUUCCUUAAAGAAGGUGUAGAUAAUCCAAUUCAGUACACUUACAGUACUUUUUGGGUGGAGGAUUCCAUAUCGUGGGGUACUCGUUGGGACCAUUAUCUCCAUGUGUUUGAUCCUCAAAUUCAUUGGUUCAGCAUUAUCAACUCGAUUGUCAUUGUUCUUAUCCUUGGAAGUAUGGUUGCCAUGAUCCUUCUUCGUACAUUGCACAAGGAUAUUGCUCGAUACAACGCUCUCGGUGAUGAGGAUGGAGCUCAGGAGGAGUUUGGGUGGAAAAUGGUGCAUGCAGAUGUAUUCAGACCUCCUGCGUUCCGUAUGCUUCUCUCUAUUUUUGUAGGAAAUGGUGCUCAGCUGACGUACAUGGCCUGCGUUACUUUAGUUUUUGCCGUUCUUGGAUUUUUGUCUCCAUCUAGCAGAGGCGCUCUUGGAACCAUGGCACUUAUUUUUUAUAUCCUAUUUUCGGCUGUUGCUGGAUACGUAUCGGCUGUUUUGUACAAAACUUUGCAGGGAGAGCACUGGCGCAAGAAUGUGGUGUUGACGGCUGUCCUUGUGCCCGGAAUCAUCUUUGGUGUUCUUAUUAUUCUCAACUUCUUUUUGAUUGCUCGCGCUUCGUCAUCAGCAGUGCCAUUUGGAACUUUGUUGGCGCUGGUGGCCAUGUGGUUUUUGAUUUCCAUUCCAUUGUGUAUCGCUGGUGCAUACUUUGGAUUCCGUCACCCAGGAUAUGAAAAUCCUUGCAAAACAAACCAGAUUCCUCGCCAAAUACCUCCACAACCUGCAUACCUCAACAAAUAUUACUCUGCCCUCAUUGGAGGCAUUCUUCCAUUUGGUGCUAUUUUCAUUGAGCUAUACUUUAUCAUGUCUUCCAUUUGGUCCCACCGCAUUUACUAUAUGUUUGGAUUCCUGCUUUUUGUUUUUGUCAUUCUUGUCAUGACAUGUUCGCUUGUUUCUAUUUUGCUUUGCUACUUCCAACUCUGUGCAGAGGACUACAUGUGGUCGUGGCGUGCAUUUAUGACCUCUGGUACCAGCGGAUUUUACAUUUUCAUUUAUUCUAUUAUAUAUGCAGCUCGUGGACUCCACCUUGUGGAUUUCUCAUCGAUGGCGAUUUAUUUAAGUUGGUCGUUGGUGAUCUCCUUACUUUUUACUGUUUUCACAGGAACAGUUGGAUAUCUCUCAGCCUUUGCUUUUAUCCGAAGGAUCUAUAGAUCCAUCAAAGUGGACUAAACCCAAAACGCUUCUUGUGUAGUGCAUAAUAAGCAUAUUUGUUUCGCGAAGAAUGUCUAGUUACAAUAACCCGCUUCGAUCUUGUCAAAUGUGUAUGGCAACUCGUUUUUAUCUACUGAGGGUAGAUAUCUUUUAUAAACAAGCGUAAAAAAUCAAUACUGAAGUUUAAAAUGAAUUGAUUUUCCGUCCUUUAUCCUUUGUUUUCCCACUUUAAUGGUUUCAUGUGUUACCGUUUCCAAAUGGUACUGAAGCAUGUGCAACUCGAUCAUCUAUUUUCAACAUGCCAUCUGACUCGAGUUAAAAGCACAGUUGUUUUUAUAUUAGCGAUAUGAUUUGCAAACUAUCAAACGCAGCUUGAAACAUUCAAAUAUCAUUUAGAUACACCAACCCAAUAUAAAGGUGAAACAGAGAAUUGGAAACAUGAGGAUGCAAACUAGAAACUGAAUUUAAAAUGAUUGGAUAUGCAUGCAAGACUAAAUGGGAAGGCCAUACGACCAAGGAUUGCGAGUAC